GCAGCCAGUCCGUGUUGCGCUAUGACCGCGUUGCCAGCGACCAAAAAAUUAUUAACUUCGCGGAACCCGAUGAGAGCAGACGUGUCUGUGUCAACCGUGUCGUCGUCGUAGUGGUCGCGCUGAAAAUACCGCAUAAAGCAUUCUAUCGAAAAGUGCGUGCGUGUUUGAUUAGCGGCAAGGGUGUAUGUGUGCAUGUUCGAGCGAAGGAAAAGUGAAAAUUAAUCUAAAACAACGCGAUUGCGUCUUUUCUCCAUCUUCCUCUGUCCCUCUUGCUGGUAUCUUUCAUCCUGUUCGCACCCCGUUCUGUGAAAGGUGCAAUUUUCCUCCCAAAGCCUACUGUGAGUGAAUGUGUGUAUGUGCGUGUAUGCAGUGUGUGAUUCACGGGGAAAAAUAAAACGCACAAAAGGGCACACACAAUCGGAAAACCACGCCGGGGCGUUCAUAGGAAGGAAACUUACUGUUCCCCGUGUGUGUGUCCCCCUGUGUUGUGCACGACCCUGAUUAUUAUGCACUGUUUUUAGGGGUGAGAAAGUGUAUGUGUAUGUGUUUGUGUGAACAAGGCACAAUAGCGGAAAGCCGUUAACGGAGCGAAGAAAAAAAAAGAACAACACAACAAGGCCCGUCUGCGGAUCUGUUGCCGCUGCUGACAUCAUCGUGUCAUCGUCAUCCAACUAAUCGUCAUCAUCAAAUAAUUUUGAACUGUUCGGUUUCGCCGUGUCGCGUGUCGCACUUUCGCUAACAGCUAAAGCGUAGCGUUCCGUUUGGUCCGGAAGUUGGUGUCCCAGUACACGCGCACGCUCGGCGCUGUGGCCGAGUGACCUAUUCGUAGCUCUCUGUGUAGUGUUAACCACAACACACACACACCCUAUCAGCUUACGUAGCGGACAGACUCCCCAGUAGCAGUAGAACCUAAUUAGAGUAUCUGCAGUAAUAAUGCCGGGCGAGUCAACGAAAGCGGCGGAACCGGCCGCCGCCACCAGUCCCAGCACACCGAAAAAGAAGCCCACCAACUCAAAGGCGGCCCUCGCAAAGGUUACACUGCUCGAUGGUUCGAUACUGGAGGUGACCAUUGAUCGAAAAUGCCGCGGUCGGGACCUACUGAACUCGGUCUGUGCCGGGCUGAACAUACUGGAGAAGGAUUACUUCGGGCUGACGUACCACACAGCGAACGAUCCGCGCACUUGGCUCGAUCUCGAGCGUCCGGUGACGAAGUUUUUCCGCUCCGAUCCGUGGGACCUUUCGUUCGAGGUGAAGUUCUACCCGCCGGAGCCGGCCCAGCUGCAGGAGGACAUCACGCGCUACCAUCUGUGUCUGCAGGUGCGCAACGACAUCCUGGAGGGCCGGCUGCCCUGCUCGUUCGUAACACACGCCCUGCUCGGCUCGUACCUGGUGCAGUCCGAGCUGGGCGACUACGAUCCGGCCGAGAUGAAGGAUCGGUCCUAUCUGAAGGACUUCAAGAUUGCCCCGAACCAGACGCCCGAACUGCUGGACAAGGUGAUCGAUCUUCACAAGACCCACAAGAGUCAGACGCCAGCGGAAGCUGAGCUACACUAUCUUGAGAAUGCGAAAAAGCUCGCCAUGUACGGUGUCGAUCUGCACCCGGCGAAGGAUUCCGAAGGUGUCGACAUCAUGCUCGGCGUCUGUGCCUCCGGUUUGCUCGUGUACAGAGACAAACUUCGUAUCAAUCGGUUCGCCUGGCCGAAGAUCCUGAAGAUCUCGUACAAGCGCAACAACUUCUACAUCAAAAUCCGUCCGGGCGAGUUCGAGCAGUACGAGUCGACGAUCGGCUUCAAGCUGGAGAACCACCGGGCGGCGAAAAAGCUGUGGAAGGCGUGCGUGGAGCACCACACCUUCUUCCGGCUGAUGACGCCGGAACCGCAGCAAAAGUCGGGCCUGUUCCCGCGCCUUGGCUCGAAGUACCGAUACUCGGGCCGCACGCACUACGAAACGCGCAAAACGCCCGUCGAGCGUCCGGCGCCCGAUUUCAAGCGCAGCUUGACCGGAAAGCGUCUCUCCAGCCGCAGCAUGGAUGCACUCGCACAGCAGGAAAAGGAACGUGCGGCUGCCAAGGAUGCGGGCAAGGACGCAAACAAACGCCACACGAUGUCGCAUCCGCCGGAUCACAUCCCGGAUCUGGACUCGCCGACGCGCGGUUCCCGCAGCCCGAUCAAGAAGGACAAAAAGGAGCGCCUGAAGCGUGAGUCCAGCACUGGCACCGCGUCCGCCUCGUCGCAGAGCUCCCUCGAGGGAGAGUACGAAACCACAUCGCCAAACGUUGUUCCAGCACAGAAACCGGCUGGAGGAGUUGCCGUACUGCCAGUUGCCGGCAAGAAGGACAAACCCGAACAAGUUUCCCAGAAAGAUGAAGGUCUGAAUGGAAACAAUGGACAAGCCGAGGCACUGAAUUCCUCUGCGGAAGAGGCAACAUCUCCCUCCGGCAAACGCAAGGGUUUCCUGUUUUCCUCCGGCCGCAAGUCGCCGAAGGACAAGAAAGACGCCGGAAAUGAGCAGCCGGCUAAGCUGAUGGCCGCCGCAAACGGUGACGGUGGCAGUGCGGGCAAAAAGGACCCGGCCAAGGAAGCGGUUCAGGCGCGGGCACAAGAUACCGCCACGAACAAGACGCCGCAAACGACGCCGGAGAAGCCCGGCUUUACCAAACCGUACGAGUACUCGGAAAGCGAACAGGACCCGGCGACGGCGCACAAAAAGAACGUAAAGACGCGCGGCUUCCGGUACGACGAGGCACCGUUGCGCCCGAACGAGGAAAGCGAAGCGCAGCUCAGCCCGAACUCGCAAAGCCGCCGCGCGACCGGGCUGGCGUUCAACUACGCGCCGGGUGAGGAUCAGAAGGUGCGCGAGUCGGUGGAGAAGCGUAAAGCGCCGGGAUCGCCGGUAGCUGCCACUGCCACCGCUGCCGGUGUCAAGACCGAUCAGCUCUCGCCGAAAUCGGCUGCACGUGGACUGCCCGGGGAGAGUGAGGCUGAGAAGGGUGUGCGUACCAGCGCUCGAUCGUACUCGCCCAACAAGGGUAGACAGGUGGUUGAUCCGCUCGCUUCUGGGGCCGGCACGUUCCGUCCGUUAGACGACACUAGCAGUGCGUUUAUUCAGGGCGAGCAGGCUGGUGCUGCUGCUGCGGCAGCCGCUGCAGCCGCCGCCGCCGCUGCCGAACCGGCCAAGAAGAAGGUGAAGAUUAUGGUGAUCAUUUCCAAGUUUGAUCCCAAAACGAAGAAGGUCGAUACGGCGCAGGGUGUGGUGGAGCAUUCGACCGGCGUGCUGGACACGAAGACGGGCCAGAUUGAGAGCAAGUACGGGCUGAUCGAUCCGAAGGCCGGCACGGUGGUGAACUUCAACGCUCGCACCGGCCAGAACGAAACGUUCCAGGGCCAGACGGACCCGAAGACGGGCCAGCUGCACAUCGUGGGCGGCGUGGUCGACUCGGCUAGCGGCAAGGUAGAUGAUACGCUCGGCCAGGCCAUUAUGGUGGUGCCGGACGAGGAUUCGGUGGUCGAGAUCACGACCAUCACCUCCAAGGUGGAUCCCAACACGGGCAAAAUCGACACAAUCAAUGGAGAAAUUGAGAAGAGUCGCGGUAUUCUGAACCACCGUACCGGCAUUCUGAGCACCAAGUACGGUGACAUUAACCCGCGCACGGGAGAGCUGCGAGCGAUCGAUCCUAAGACGGGCAAACCAUCGCCUGCGGCUGCUGCCGUGCGUCCGGUGACGGUCGAUCGUAGCAAUGGACAGAUUAUGGUUGUUGGCGUGACCGACCCGAAGACGAACAAGCUGGACAACAGCCAGGCGCAUCUGAUCGCGAUCGGCAACCAGGUGGAUCCGGUGGUGGAGGUAACGUCCGUGCUCGGCAAGCUUGACAAGAAGGGUCUGGUCGAUCCGAAGACGAUCACGUACGACAAGAGCACGGGUCAGCUGGACACGAAGGACGGCAAAAUCAACACCAAGUACGGUCAGCUGGACCUGGUGAAGCAAACGGUCACGUUUGUCGACCCGAAGACGGGCAAGACGGAAACGAAGGAGAUCAAGGUGGAUCCGGUCAGUGGGCAGGUGUUGCUGAAGAAUCAGGUCAACCCGAAGACGGGCAAAACGGACAAAGAUUACGGGCGUAUCGUGUCGAUUCGCAUCGUGCACAACCGUAUCGAUCCGGUGACGGGUAAGCACGUGCCGGCUGCCCCGGUCGAGGACAAAGACAUUCGUGUGGAUGCCAAAACGAACCAGGUCUGGCUGCCGGACGGUGGUAAGGAUCCGAAGACGGGCGAAACGAUUUACACUUCGAGCCAGGUCGAUCCGAAGACCGGUUUUGUCAUCACGAUCUACGGCUAUCUUAACCCGAAGACGAACGAAAUCGAACGACAGGCCAAGAUGGACCCGAACAUGACGAAGGUGGACCCCACGACGGGCCAGAUCUAUGCUGCCACGGGCCAGGUCGAUGAGACCACCGGUGAGCCACUGUUCGCCGCGACCCAAAUCAACGAAGAGGACGGGGAAAUCUACACCAAGGUGGGCCGUAUCGAUCCGAAAUCGGGCCGACUAGUCAUCAUCAAGAUCUUCAUCAUCACGAAGAAGGACGAGCGGGGCAAACCGGAGGAGCUGGACGUGAGCGCGGUCGAUCUGGAUCCGGAGACGGGUCACAUUCGCAACAUUGCACCGAAGACGCUGUAUCUGUACAAGAUGCGCGAUCCUAUUACGGGCGAGACGUACAACGUGGAUCCGAACGAUCCGCGCAUUGCCGGCGCACGAACGACGGUCACGCAAACGAUGACGCUGAGCGGUGAGAUUGACCCGGCUACCGGGCGCAUCAAGUCCGAGUGGGGCCACAUCGAUCCGAACACGGGCGACAUUGAUCCGGCGACGGCCAUCCGCGAUCCGGUCACCGGUAAGCUGAUCCUGAACUAUGCCGACAUUGAACCGAGCCACUUUGGCAAGAAUGUAACGGUGACGAAGGAAACGGUACCGAUUACGCGCGAGCAGUUCUACGAAGGCAUCAAGCACAUGGACAGGAAGGCCACGCGCCGAGACUCGGAAAGCUCGGACGACGAUAUGACCGCCCAGUACGGCAAGGAAAGCAUCAAGGAGAUCAGCUCGGGUACAGCGGCGGCGGGCAGCAAGCUGAAUGCUGCUGCUGCUGCUGCGGCUGCUGCCGGCACGCCAACCGUAGUGAAGACGACGACCAAGCAGGUGAUCACGAAGAACGAGGAUGGCGUUACGCAUAACGUGGAGGAGGAGGUGCAGAAUCUGGGCACCGGACAGAUCGUGUACUCCACCCAGGAGCACAAGGCGGAUGCCCCGACCGGUACGGAUGCAGGUAAAUUUGUGACGGCCACCGCUGUCACGACGCGUACCGCCACCACCCACGAGGAUCUGGGCACGAACGCUAAAACGCAACAGCUCGAAGAGAAAACGGUGGCCACCACCACCACCCAGCACGGUGAGCGGCAGGAGCAGCGUGUCAUUACGCAGGAAGUCAAAACCACGGCCACGGUGACUAGUGGCGAUCAGUACGCACGCCGUGACAGUGUCUCAUCGUCGAGUUCCGGCGACUCCGGAACACCGAUCGAUGGCCCCUACGGAGACGAAUCGCUGUCGGAAGUGAUCUACAACAAGUCCUACACGGGAGCGGAUAACGUUGUCGGUGCCUCACAAAUCCCGGAAGGACCGAACGUGGAGCAUCGGCGUGUGGUGCUAGAUGAUCUUGCCGAAGGUGGCACCACUACCCACGGUGAAAUCGUAUCGUCCCAGACGGUAUCCAGCAAAACGCGAACCGUUGAAACAAUCACCUACAAAACGGAACGGGACGGUGUGGUGGAGACACGCGUCGAGCAGAAGAUCACCAUCCAGUCUGAUGGCGACCCGAUCGAUCAUGACAAAGCCCUUGCUGAAGCAAUUCAGGAAGCAACCGCCAUGAAUCCAGAUAUGACAGUGGAGAAGAUUGAAAUUCAACAGCAAACGCAAUAAGCAGCAGCAGCAGCGGAUCAUCACAAUCACGUCUCUCAACGCCCCCUUUAUAUCUUUAUGCUGACACACACACAUGAGCGCGGGAGUGUUCUCUGCAACCCUCCCACGUGUGUGCAUCCCAUAUGUGCAUCACUGUAGCUCUUAGGCAAAACCGAUUCGAUUCGAGUGAAAACGAACGAAUGUCGACAAAUCGCGAUCACACUCGCGACAAUUUCAAACGGAUGUGUUAACACAGAUACAUAUAUGGUAUGUGUGUGUGUGCCAUUAGCUCUCGAAAAGCGGCCACGCGAGCUGAAGAAAGCGUGAAAAGUGUGUUUACGUGUGUUUGUUUGCCUCCUACACGUUCUGGAGUGAUUGCUUAAUCGUGUGUCGCCGCAAAGCUUGUUGCAAAUCAGUGUGCUCUUGGAGGUUAACACUGCUGCGAGAUGCAGUUUGAAGAUAACAUGAAAUAAAUAAGAAAACAUAAAGUGCAAAUCCCCCCUAUAAAGAGAGAGAGAGAAAAAGCAUCCUCCUCUUUUGUCAUUGCCGACCUUCGAGGAUCGCGAUGAGAAAGAGGGAGGAAACGUGGCAUACACACAGAGGUCGACGAUAGGUGUGACGCCGAAAUAUAAAAAACGAAAACUAUUCAUAUAUUUAUUUAUUGCUUAAAGUGCGAUGCAACAUGUGCGCAUGCAAAGAAAGGGAGAAGCAGCCGGUGGAUUCGCUGAAUAUUUAGAGUUUAAAAAAAUAUAUGGCAAGUCGAGAAGAAAGGAACACGACACGAGCGCAAGCAAGCAAACAAUCAAAUUCUCGCUUUAAAACAAAAUCACCAAUGCUGCUUUUUGGAAGAGCAAAAGAAAGGAAAAGAUAUGGAAAACCCUUAUAUAUACACACACAGACACACAUUGCAUACACCAGGCAUCACCCCCAGGCACCAAGAUACAUAUAUUGAUUAGAUGGAAGAUGGAUCUUUGAUGUUAAGAUGUGUAUUACAAUUUUUUCAGGGCAUACAAAGUAUAUGAGAUAAUUUGCAUUUUUGAGAGGGGAGCAAUUUUCGGGGCAGAGCGAAAUAGAAAGCGAUAAAGUACUAAACCCCCUCUCCGCCAAAACGGGCGAUUAUUUACAGUUGUUGACCGAGCAUGUCUUCGCUACAAGUAAAACAAAAAAAAAAAGUAACAAAGUUGAACAACCAGUAAGUGUGUGCAGAAGCAUUAGCAAUGCAGCAAGCGAAUAUUAAGCUCGCCAAAAGAAUACAACCGCUUUAGUUGUGGAGGGCGUCGUACGACGUAACGUAUUUUACUGUGGGAAGCACUCAAUUUGUACUAUUGAAUUUAAAUGUAAGAAAGCUAUCAUCGAUGUGCGCGUGUGCACAUCACGGACGAGAGAGGCGUGUUGUGCUUCGUUUUGUGUGUCGCGCUUAUACUUUUGUUGUUAAAACACCAACUAAACCGUCUCUCCCUUUUUCAUUGCCCUGUUUCCAGUUUUGCAGAUAAAAGCUAAAACACAAUUUUUGGAGAAAUUUUAAAUCCCACCCUCCCAAGCAGAGCCUCUCUUAGAACCCCGUCAAAAAACAAAGAGAGACCCCCGCGUGUGUUAGAAGGAAAGAGGAACAAAAAUAUGUCAAACCAAAAUACCAUCAGUGUUCAGUGGAGUGUAAAACAAUGAGAGAAAGAUGGUGUGCAAUAGCAGUCAAAAGCCGCCAGCGCGCUCGUUCCGCACCAAAACAAGCGAAAACAAUAUUUCAAUUGUACAAAAAAUAGCAAAACUUUGGAAAACAUUUGGCGAAAACCCGUAAAAAACUAAUAGAAAACAAAAUCGACAACAACCCAUAGUGUUGUGUGGGUAUGAAGGUAGAAACACAUACACAAAAAAAGAAAAGGUUGCCUUAUUUUAGUUACUCUCUUUAGGCAAAGACGACUCUAGCAGAACAAGCGAAUCAUGACCCUGCUGCAGUAUCUAUACCCCUCCUUAACACACACAUACAUAUAUACACUCUAAAACAUCUUGUUAUCACUACGUGGGGAGAAUGAUCAUGCUAACGAAGCUUUCAUGUAUGUUCUUCGUUGCUUCCCUUUCCUUGUUUUGUGCUCCAAUUCGUACUCGUAUUGAAUUGGUUAUACCACUUGCUUUAUUCUACUUUAGCUACUAUUAUUUUUUAUGUUUUGUAAAGAUUUUAGUUAAUUUUUUGGUUGCAUGAACAUUCCAUACUUUCUUGGAAAAAAAACUAUAUGCUUCUCCUCCUAAACUUCUGUGUAUCACUACCUGAUUUAUUGUUUUGUUUUGAUUUUUUCCCCUAAUUUAUUUCACUACUCUUAUCUUUAGUUGAUCCUCAACCCCUUCUCUAUGUGGGAUCUGAUCGGUAGCCGAUCGAUUACCUUUUUUUUUCUCUCGUUUUAGCCAAGCUAAGCUAAGGAAUGUUUAUGUGUUUCUUUUACGUUUAAUACGAUCGCCGUUCAGCAAUAAUCCCUUUUAUAGAAAGAGUUAUCAUAAUUGCAAAUUGUGCAUAUAUACAUAUACAUGUGAGAAGAAAAGAAAGAGAAAAAAUCAUCUGCAACCGUAACCUCAUACACCAGAAGGCACCAGAAGGGCAAUCAGAGGUUUCAGUAGGGGACGAAGAAAGAUAUAUGAAACUACAAGAGGGGUGGGAGAGGAGGGUAACCACCCUUGACCACCCCCUCAGUACAUACACAUAUGAUUGCUGUUUGUUUUAGUUUUUAUUUUUAAUUUAAUUUUGUCUUACGAAAUGCGAAAGUUUCGUGUUUUUUUUUAUCUUAUCGAAAUAUACUUUAAAAAUUGUUAAGUAUGAUUAAUGUAAUAA